ACGUAGCGUGGCGGCGCGGAGCCCGGUCCCGCGGGGCGGAGGAUGGCGUGUCGCGGCGGCUGCUGCUGCUCCAGCGCGGGUCGCCUGAACGCGGACAACGCGCGGUUCCUCCUGCUGGCGGUGCUGAUCCUGCUCUACAUGCUGUGCGGCGCCGCCGUCUUCUCGGCCAUCGAGCUGCCCACGGAGCGGGAGGCCAAGGAGCGCUGGGAGGAACGGCUGGAGAACUUCACCCGGCGCCACAACCUCAGCCGCGCCGAGCUCUGGGGCUUUCUCCGAGAGUACGAGGAAGCCAACGUGGCCGGCAUCCGUGUCGAUGACAUCCGGCCCCGAUGGGAUUUCACCGGUGCUUUCUACUUCGUGGGCACCGUCGUUUCUACUAUCGGGUUUGGUAUGACCACCCCAGCCACCGUUGGAGGCAAAAUUUUUCUGAUAUUUUAUGGCCUUAUAGGAUGUGCAGGGACCAUUUUGUUCUUUAACCUGUUCCUGGAACGCUUGAUCACAGUCAUAGCUUAUGUCAUGAAGUCCUGCCACGAAAGACAGCUGAGGAGGAAAGGCGUUCUCCCUCACAACAGCCGGCGGGGCUCAGGGACAUCUGAGGUGGACAGCCUGGCAGGCUGGAAGCCCUCUGUGUACUACGUCAUGCUGAUUUUAUGUGUAGCAUCACUCAUCAUUUCCUGCUGUGCCUCUGCAAUGUACACACCGAUUGAAGAGUGGAGUUACUUUGACUCACUUUACUUCUGCUUCGUGGCCUUCAGCACCAUAGGUUUUGGUGACCUGGUCAGUAGCCAGAACAUCAAGUAUGAAAGCCAAGGCCUUUACCGCUUUGGCAAUUUUGUCUUCAUACUCAUGGGGGUGUGCUGCAUCUAUUCGUUAUUCAAUGUGAUCUCUAUUGUGAUCAAACAAUCCAUAAACUGGAUAUUAAAGAAGUUGUCCUGCAAGUGCUGCCACAGAUGCCAAAGAAGAUUAUUUCGUUCACGGAGGAACGUGGUAAUGCCUGGAAAUGUGCGCAGCCAGAGAAACAUCUCCAUCGAGACCGAUGUUGUCAAUGAGAGUGACACAGAUGGACGCCGUCUGUCAGGAGAGAUGAUCUCCAUGAAAGAUUUCCUGGCUUCAAAUAAAGUCUCAUUGGCCAUCAUGCAGAAACAGCUGUCAGAAACUGCUAAUGGGUAUCCAAGGCAAAUGAGCUGUAAUUCAAAGCAAAAUGGAUUCUCUGGUGGGGUUGGAGCCCUGGCAAUUAUGAAUAACAGAUUGGCAGAGACCAGUGUGGAUAGGUAAAAUAAUAACAGUAAUAACAGUGAAACAAUGUGAACCAUUUCAGCAAGUAUUGAAACAAUGUGAAUCAAGUGGAAAUAGCUAGGGAGAGUGCACCAGAGGCUGGGAUGGAUGUGAAGGGCAUACUCCUGACAGAAGAUCUCUGACACUUUUUGGGGGCUGUCUCUUAAUGUUUUUGAAUUGCACCAAUCCCAAUCUUUUUUAUUUCCCAUCCUUCUACUUCUCAAGAAGGUCACUGCAGAAGGAAUUUAAUUUAGCCUUCAGAUCAAAUUUCCAUUCCUAUUCUUUUCCAUUUAUGUGAGACACAGAUUUCAGGAUAAGAAAUAUGUGUGAUGGAGAGAAACCAAGUGUGUCUACUGAACACAUUCUUAAUUCAAAGGUUUUUUUUUUGAGCUUUCUGUCUUAUUCUCAUCAUACCUGUUUCCUGAAAGUAGUUUAUCUGAGACCAAAAGAGGAAUCAGCCUUUUUCUGUGAUAUUGCAGACCUAAUUUAAUGAAAAAUAGUAUUAAAGUUGGUAGGUAUAUUCUGGAGCUAUUGUGAUGUGAAUGAGGAGAGAACUUUGCCCUUAGAAUUUAAUUUAGUCUUUCCUUUAAGAGGAUACUCUCAAAAGUGAUAGAAUAAAAAUUUAUCCUAC